AUGGUCAGAAGAGCCACGUUGGUGAAGCAAGAGAAGAAAACUCUCAAGAUCUUCACUCUUGACCCGGAGAACAUGUAUGGGACUUACUCAGACGCUUGGACCUCUGUGAUUCUUGAUCAUCCUUCUACCUUCAAAACGUUAGGAAGAGAUUCAAAUGCCAAGAGAAGUGUGAUGGAAGAUCUAGACCAGUUUGUGCAGCGAAGGGACUUCUAUAAAAAGGUUGGUAAAGCUUGGAAGAGAGGGUACUUGUUGUACGGUCCACCAGGUACAGGGAAGUCAAGUUUGAUAGCAGCCAUGGCAAAUCAUCUCAACUUUGAUAUAUAUGACUUAGAGCUGAGUGCAGUGAACAACAACUCUGAGCUCCGGAGAUUGAUGAUUGCUACUGCUAACCGCUCUAUUCUUGUUGUGGAAGAUAUCGAUUGUUCGAUCGAUUUAAAAGAUAGAACAUCUGAUGAAGCUCCUAUGGAAUCAGACGAUGACCCAUGUUACAAAAAAGUGACACUCAAUGGACUUCUAAAUUUCAUAGAUGGUCUAUGGUCAAGUUGCGGGGACGAAAGGAUUAUAGUAUUCACAACGAAUUACAAAGAGAAACUUGAUGCAGCGUUGUUGAGGCCGGGACGCAUGGAUAUGCACAUCCACAUGUCAUAUUGCACGCCGACUACUUUCAUAGCUCUUGUUUUAAAUUAUUUAGAGAUUAAUGAGCAUAAGUAUUGGAGUAGUAACUCCUAA